GCGCAGCUGCUGGAGAGCCGACCGCUGCACCCUCGUCGCCCUUGGCGCCUUAUCACACUCCCUGCCCCGGAGCUGGGAGCAGCGCGACCCCCGUGCAAACUGGGGGUGUCUGCUGGAGCAGCCCCCGCCGCCGCCGCCGCUUGCUGCCCCCGGCUCUGGCCAUGGCCUGGCGGGGCGCAGGGCCGAGCGUCCUGGGGGCGCCCGGGGGCGUCGGUCUCAGUCUGCGGCUGCUGCUGGUGCUGCUGCUCUUGGGGCCGGCUUGGGGCUUCGGGGACGAGGAGGAGCGGCGCUGCGACCCCAUCCGCAUCUCCAUGUGCCAGAACCUGGGCUACAACGUGACCAAGAUGCCCAACCUUGUGGGGCAUGAGCUGCAGACGGACGCCGAGCUGCAGCUGACAACUUUCACGCCGCUCAUCCAGUACGGCUGCUCCAGCCAGCUGCAGUUCUUCCUUUGUUCCGUGUAUGUGCCAAUGUGCACAGAGAAGAUCAACAUCCCCAUCGGCCCGUGCGGCGGCAUGUGCCUUUCUGUCAAGAGACGCUGUGAACCUGUCCUGAAGGAAUUUGGGUUUGCCUGGCCGGAGAGCCUGAACUGCAGCAAAUUCCCACCCCAGAAUGACCACAACCACAUGUGCAUGGAAGGGCCAGGUGACGAGGAGGUGCCGCUACCCCACAAAAACCCCAUCCAGCCUGGGGAAGAGUGCCAUUCCGUGGGAACCAACUCCGAUCAGUACAUCUGGGUGAAAAGGAGCCUGAACUGCGUUCUCAAGUGUGGCUACGAUGCGGGCUUAUACAGCCGCUCGGCCAAGGAGUUCACCGACGUCUGGAUGGCCGUGUGGGCCAGCCUGUGCUUCAUCUCCACCGCCUUCACAGUGCUGACCUUCCUGAUCGAUUCCUCCAGGUUUUCCUACCCUGAGCGCCCCAUCAUAUUUCUCAGUAUGUGCUAUAAUAUUUAUAGCAUUGCUUAUAUUGUCAGGCUGACUGUAGGCCGGGAAAGGAUAUCCUGCGAUUUUGAAGAGGCAGCAGAACCUGUUCUCAUCCAAGAAGGACUUAAGAACACAGGAUGUGCAAUCAUUUUCUUGCUGAUGUACUUUUUUGGAAUGGCCAGUUCCAUCUGGUGGGUUAUUCUGACACUCACUUGGUUUUUGGCAGCUGGACUCAAAUGGGGUCACGAAGCCAUUGAAAUGCACAGCUCCUAUUUCCACAUUGCAGCCUGGGCCAUCCCCGCAGUGAAGACUAUUGUCAUCUUGAUUAUGAGACUGGUGGAUGCAGAUGAACUCACGGGCCUGUGCUACGUUGGGAACCAAAACCUCGAUGCCCUCACCGGCUUCGUGGUGGCUCCCCUGUUCACUUACCUGGUGAUCGGAACUUUGUUCAUUGCUGCAGGCUUGGUGGCCUUGUUCAAAAUUCGGUCAAAUCUUCAAAAGGAUGGGACAAAGACAGACAAGUUGGAAAGGCUGAUGGUCAAGAUUGGGGUCUUCUCAGUCCUGUACACGGUUCCUGCAACCUGCGUGAUUGCCUGUUAUUUCUAUGAAAUCUCCAACUGGGCGCUUUUCCGCUAUUCCGCAGAUGACUCCAAUAUGGCAGUUGAAAUGUUGAAAAUUUUCAUGUCUUUGCUGGUGGGCAUCACUUCAGGCAUGUGGAUUUGGUCUGCCAAAACUCUUCACACCUGGCAGAAGUGUUCCAACAGACUGGUGAAUUCUGGGAAGGUAAAGAGAGAGAAAAGAGUGAAUGGUUGGGUAAAGCCUGGGAAAGGCAAUGAAACUGUGGUGUAAAGCUAGCCAGCCUCCACGCUUCCCAAAUUUUGACGGGGGGAAAUGCCAGCAUUUCGAUGCAAAUGCUACUAAAAGUUUCAUGCAAUGAAUCUCAGUUUGAACAACCUAGCCACCCUAAGGUGACCCCCUUCACCCACUACCUUCUCCCUCUCACCCCAGCAUCAUAAAACUAAUGAUUUUGCUGCAGACUUUGGAAUAAUCCAAAAUGGAAAAGCCAGUUAGAGGCUUUCAAAGCUGUGAAAAAUCAUAACAUUGAUCACUUUAGCAGGUCGCAACUUGGAGCGUGGAGGUCCUGCCUAGAUUCCAGCGAUGCUGCUUUUCCCUGAGGGGUGGGAUUUGAGCUGUGAGUAGGUAACUUGCAGGGAGAAAGAUGAACCUUUUUUUUUUUUUUUUUUAACUCUUUAAAAUUUAAAAUACUAACUGGGUCUUUCAGAUAGCAAAGCAAUCUAUAAACACUGGAAAUGCCGGGUUCAGAGACGUGUUACACGAGUUUUAUAGUUUGGCUGAUCUAACAUAAACAUUUUCUGUGGUGCAUUGUCUGCUGUUUAGAACUUGAGGAUUGCUCUCCCAAGAGGUGGUGUCAGAAUCUUUCAGUGCCUUUGUCAUAAAACAGAAUUGUUUGAACAAACAAAAGUACUGUACAAACACACAUAAGGUAUCCCGUGGAUUUUUCUUCUCUCCCUCUCUUCUUAAAUUUCAACAUGUCUGUUCGAGGCUG